GGUAGUAAAAUUACGUUAUAUUGAAUCGAGCAGUGGUCCCCGGAGUUGUGUGCAGAAGAAAAGAGUAAAAAUGAAAUUUUUAAUUUUGCUAUUAGCAUGUGUUGUGUCUUUAAGUGCGUCCAAUCCCAUAUGGACACCCGAGAGAUGCCCAGUGAAUGAAAAUCCAAAUAACCCAACCCAGCUUCCACACGAAACGGAUUGCUGCUUAUUCUACACAUGCAGUGCGGGUUGGGCUUACUUGAAGUCAUGCCCGACGAAUCAGCACUUCGCCCCUGCGUUGCAGCGAUGUGAAUUCCCAGGAACAGCUAAAUGUACGCUGCCUGUGUCGUCUUGUACCGCGAGUCCUGCAACGACAACUACUCUGGCUCCGGCUACAACCGUAGCUCCUACCCCUGCCCCAACUACUGCCCCAACUCCUGCCCCAACUACUGCCCCAACUCCUACCCCAACCCCUAGCCCCACGACUGUUGAGUCGCCAUCAGAAUCAACUAGUACAGCUGUUCCAGAAGCACCCACUCCAACACCAGAAGUGCCAUCGGCACCAACUCCAGGACCAACUACAGCACCAACUGCGGCACCAACAACCGCGGCACCGGCAAUCACAUCUACCGUAACCAUCUCCACCACCGUAGCUCCAGAAGUGACGACCAUACCUACUGCCCCAACGCCUACACAAACUAUUCCCACGGCACCGACUCCUGGGUCAACUCCCAUUGCUUCAACAACCACCGUCACCCCAUUGCCCGAAGUGCCGACGGCUGAAACUGUAGGACCACCAACGGCUGAAACAAUAAUGGAAUUCAUCACGAGAAGCAUCGAUUCAGACUUCUAAGCCAAUAUCAUUCGCCGAGAACCUGUUCUAUUCCUAAUAUAUUCAUUGUAUUGCAAGCAAAAAAGAAGCAGAUGAUUUUGAAGAAUAUGAAAGCAAUCAUUAGUAACAGCUAACAGCAAUUAACUACAGUGACAUUGAAGCUCAAAUAAACCCACUGAUAUAGUGACGAUUAUAAUGUUGAA